AUGCCGCAGUGGCAGUGGUCGCACCACUGGCAGCGGCGCGAGCGGCGGCUCUUCCUCGAGCUGUGCGCCCGCGCGCUCGACCGCUGCGAAGACACCGACGGAACUCUCCGCCCGCGCGUGGGAGAUGUGAAGAGGCUGGAGCGCGGGUGGCGGUUCAUCGUGGAGAACCUGGACCAGCACGCCGAGGUCGAGGAGGAGCUGUUCUUCCCCGCCCUCAAGAAGGUGAUCCAGGACGACGAGGGCCAGGCCAUCAUCGACCACCUCCUCUCCGACCACAAGGACCUUGAGGCCAAGCUGCACAGCAUCAAGAAGGAGAAGCUGGAACCGCUUGAAGGAGAUGAACGCACCAAGGAGGGCCUUCAGGCAUUCACCGACGCCGUGGCGGAGCUGUUGGAGGCGUACGGGGAGCACAUCAACGAGGAAGAGGAGAAGGUGGUGCCGUUCGUGCAGCGGUUCAUGUCGGAGAAGGCGCAGAAGGAGGUGGGCCAGGCGAUCAAGAGCCACCAUCAGAAGCUCCCCUCGGGCAAGUACGGCCUGCUCAUGUUCCGCGACGUGACCGCUGAGAUCCCCGAGGAGCUCGCCCUCUUCAACGCCACCUUCCCCUGGAUCCUCCGCAAGGUGGUCAUAAUUCCAGUGAUGGCAGCAACAGAUGGGUUGUACAAGGAGUACAAGACCAUCUUCUAUGAGCCCUGGCUGUGA